AUGUUCUCAUAUAAUUGGGCCUUAGAUUUUUAAAGGGAACACUUGAUGAUAAAUGAAUCCAUUCUAACCUACUACAGGAUUGGAAUCAAAUUUCUUUAGUUAAGUUAUUCGUUAUAUAAUUACGAUGAUAUAAUUUUUAGGAUCACACAAUUAAUCUUGCCGAUUAUUUCAUCGAUUAUUUAAAUUUAUCAAAUGCAAAAACUAAAACAAUACAUCUAUGGGUACUACUAUCGAGUGAUCUUGGCUAUUAAUCUGUUAAUUAUUGGCAUUUGUUUGCAAUAUAUGUUGCAUGAAUUAUUUCAAUAACAUUAAUUUAAAGAAAUCUGGAUACUUCUAAUAAUUUUGCCCUAGUUUUAUUUCCAAAAUUAAAUCAAAAUGGAUUUGUAAAAGCAUUUUAUCAAUUUCUAAAAUUCAAGCAUAGAAAAUUGCAACUUUGUGCUUUUCUAAAUCAUUUACAAUAUCACUAAACAGAAAAACACCUAUAACCAAAAGAUAGUAUAUCUUAUGUUUCUGUCAAAACACAUUAAGGCAUGUUAUGAUAUUGAUUGUAUCUGCAAACAAAGUCCUUUAUAGAAGAAUUUUGAAUAAAUCUCCUAUGAAAUAUACUUUAAAGACUUAUUAUCUCAAUAUGAAAGUUUGAUUUCAACUAUGUCCUUCAAAUGCACCUAGGACUAACAAGUUUUUGGUUACUUACAACUGUUAUUUUUUCAAAAGUAAUACCUAUAAAUUUAUUAAUACUUCUAAAUAAUUUUUCAAAAGUCAGAUAGAGCUAAAUUUCAAAAUUAAAUUUUAAUGACAGACCAUUAUAAGUUGAAAAAAAAAGUUUUCAAAAUUAAUUAUCUGCACAAAUUAAUAGUGUUAAAAGUGGCUUAAGAGUUAAUGAGAUUAGAUAUUGCUCAACAGUUUUCAAAUCAAAAGAAUACAUUGUUGAAUGAAUCAUAAAAAAUUCAUUUUGCCAUUAAAUCCUAUCUCGAUGUUGAAGGGCAAUGUGUUUAAAUCAGAAAAAUAAUAAGUUAGGUAUUAUAAUAGAAAAUCAACUAUUUGGAAAAAAUUAAUUCAAAUAUCUCUAAAGAAAAAUUAGAGAAACUUGCUUACAAAUCCAUACAAAAUUAGAUAGACGGACUAAAAUAAUUGAAAUCAUACUUUAAAAAAACAUUAGGUACUUAGUAUCUUUUAUUUUAUAGAUUAGAAGUAAUAAAAUAUUUUGAUGUUUUAUCAGAUGGAAAUUUUAAAUGAUAUGAUCUCCUCUUAAAAUCAAAAAUCAUCAUCUAACUACAAUGAUGAUAUUAAUUUGAAAUUCAGCAACGCAUUCUUGUCAAAUCAAUUCUCCAAUAUGAUAAUUUAAAUAAACAAUAAGCAAAGUAUCAAAAUUCUCAAAUACAAAUAUAAUCAAUUAGAAAAAUUCGACAAAUUAGAGACACUGAACUUUUAAGAUAUGAUACCUAAUUUUAUUCAAGUGUCGCAUAUGAAAUUAAUAGAGAAUUUUAUAGCAGGCAGACAAAAUAAGUUUUAUUAAUAACUCAAUGAAUCUUACAUUCAAAUCUCUCCUUGUUUAUGUAAAAAAAUUGAUUUACUAAUGGAUUUAAGUUAAUUAAACUUAACCUCUAUUGAAAUGAUUGUAUUUUUCAAAAAGAAAAAGGAACAUUCAUAUAGUAUUUUUCUAGAUGAUACUAAAAGAAUCUUAAAUAUUGAUGAUGAGUUGUUUUGUGAUGUAUUCAAUAUUGAUGGAGUCUUUGCUUAAUAUUUUAUUGGUUUGGACAUGUGCACUAUUUAUAAAGAUAUAGAUCAAUUAAUAGAGGAUAAAUUUUAUAGUUUAUAGACAUUUUAUUUCGUAGACCCAAAUAGGAUCAAUGCUUCUAUUUUUAUACAAUCGUCAUAAGCGAAAAUUCAAUAAUUAUGGAAUUACCAGCAAACUUUGAUAUGCUAUUAAUGUGAUUUAUCAAUUUCUUAAUAGAGAAAUGAAUAUGGCUCUAGUUAUUAUGAACUUAUUAUAAAAAAUCCAAAACGUGUUUAUAAUAAUGGAGAUACUUAUAUUUAUUAAUUAAGACAAUCAGAAAAUGUAAUUGCUACUACACAUUUAGAUGAGUCUAUUAUAGUGGAUAAACCGUUUGCAAUGGAUUAGAGCAUUCAUGAAGAAAAGUUAUAUAACCAAUAAUGUAUUUUAAAAUCCGAAUUAGCAUGUUAAAACUUGAUGUAAUCAGAUAUUUAAUAGGAUGAAUAAUUAGUGGCAAUGAAAAAUGAAGAAGAGCAACAUGUAAGUGAGUAAUUAGAUAUGAAUACACAGAAGAAAAAAAAUUGGAAUCAAAAGCUUUAAACAGAAGGCAUAUCCUCUCAAUAAUCUGGAGUUUCAGCUAUGCAAAAAUCAAUAUAUUAUCGAUAAUUUUCACUGGUUUAUGAGCUUGCCAACUCUAAAAAAAUCCCUUAGAUUUUUAAGAAAAUGAUAUAUUUCAGAAUAUUGUUAACUAUAAUAUCAAUAGUUGGUUUUAGUUUGGUAAUUAUUUCUAUUAUAGACAUAGUAUUUGUAUGAGAUAGAUCUUUUUCAUCAUUUUCAGAAGGAUUUCAAACUAUUAGGUAUGAAAAAUGAUAUCUUCUAUCCUAUUUUGUCCUUUCAAUUGAUUCGGUUGUCAAUAGUAAAUUAUAAUGUCGAAGUUUAUGCUAAGUUAAUUACAUAAUAGUAAUAUUUGGAAUUAUUAGUUUAUCCAAAAUCAAAAUUAAUAGGAAGUUACGAAAAACUAAAGAAUGGAAUUUCAGGUAUCUUAAGUGAACCUAUUUUUUUUUCUCUUUAUCAAGAUUAAUAUUUAAAUCUGGAAUUUUUGUAAAAAGGAAAUGUUGGUGAAACAGAUGUUCUUAGUCUUCGAAAUAGUUUAAUUACUUUACUGAAUUAUUAAUACGACACUUAAAAUGCUUACAUUUAGACUGGAGCAGCUGAUUAUGGAAGUCCUUACUUUUAUUAUAUUUACAAGAAUAUGCAUACUUUAUUGAAUGCUUUUACAGAGGCUAAUUUAGUUGCCUUUGAUUCCUAACAAUAACACUUAGACGAUUCUUAGCAAAAAAUAAUAGUCAUGUUUAUUGUUUUAAGUUUCUUUUUCGUAAUGAUCUAAUUCACAUUAACUGUAUCUGAUUUAUUCUUUUAGAUACAAAAGGAAAAAUUGAAAAUCUUACUGUUGAAUUAAGAUUAAAAUUUCUUAAAUUUAGAAAUUCAAAGAUUAACAUUAUUGUAAGAAUUGAUUGAGAAGAAUUAUUAAUAAAUUUAAAAUUACAAACUGAAUUUUUCAGAAAAAGAUGAGUAUUUUGGAAUUAUUAAAUCGUAAUGCACUAAUCAUUCAAAACACCAAUAAAAAAAAAACACAAUGUCACCUUAGUAUUACAAGCUUAAAUCAAUAUUAUUAACAUUAACUCACUUUGGAGUAUUAGCUGUGUCAUUCAUUAUUUUAACUACACAAAUCUAUCAUACAUAUACAAAAAUAAAACAAACUGGGAAGUUAUACUAAGUAUUUGCCAAUUUAAACAUUAAUGUUUUAAGUAUAUAUCAAACAAGAGAAAUUCUAUAUUAUAAAACGGCAUUGCCAUUUUUAAAUUCAACAGAUCUAAAUCAAUACUACAAAAUUGCAUAAGAGAGCUUAACAGGGUUGGAAUAGUACAUUGAUUAAUCAUGGACAUUUUAACUUAAUGAUUAUUUCUUUGAUUCAGAAUUUUCGUAUCUUUUGGAUAGCUUCAGUAAUGGAAAUUUAUGUGACGACUUAGUUGUAAUUCAAUUUAAUAAUCUUAGGCAUUAGAUAAAUCUUACAAUAUUUGUAAUACUACUCUUGGUGGAGUGUUACAGAAGGGAUUUUCAACUGCUUUGAUAGAUAUAAAGAAUCAGAUAAAGACUGAGUUUGAAUAUACUAAUUUUACAAAUAGAUCAAAUUUUCCGAUUUUAGAAUUAGAAGGGAUUACGAUUUUGAGUUACGGUCUCCAGUAUAUACUUGAAAGGUUUUAUUCUGAUUUAUUUUAUUAUAAUUAGGCAGUUGAGGUGGAUUAUAAUGUAAGAUAUUAUUUUAAUUUUUAGAUAAUUACAGUGGCUUGUUUAUGCAUUUCUAUAAUAAAUGGGUUAUUUUUGAUUAAGUUUGAUUAGAUAGUGUAAUUGAGAAAUUAUAAGCUUUUGACUAAGUUCAUAUAUUCGGUACCUUUGGCAGCAAUAUUGUUUGAUGAUAAUUUUUUGAGAAAUACGAGGAGUUAUUUUGUGAAUGAGAAAUUGAUUUGA